CAGAUCAUACAUAUUCAACCUUGUAGAUCCCUCCCGGCGUUCCAGCUUUUUCCAUCACCCUACCAUCGGUCAGGCCACGUCGCCUAGUCGUCCUACAUAACAUGCAGCGACACUCAUUUCAUGCUUUAAACUCCACCUUUGUGGUCGACUCCGAGUAUCAGUUCGUAAAGGAGCUCGGCCAGGGUGCGUAUGGCUGCGUCGUAGCAGCCACCCACCGCCGUACAGGUGAAGGUUGCGCGAUCAAGAAGAUCACCAAUAUCAACACCAAGCGGAUCCUGACGAAGCGAUGCUUGCGCGAAAUUCGUCUGCUGCAUCACUUCCGUGGCCAUAAGAACAUCACCUGUCUUUAUGACAUGGACAUCGUCUUCGAGCCAGACGGCAACUUUGGCGAAGUCUAUCUUUACGAGGAACUGAUGGAGGCCGAUUUACAUGCCAUUAUCCGCUCCGGUCAACCGCUUUCCGAUGCCCACUUCCAGUCGUUCCUCUACCAGACGCUCUGUGGUCUGAAGUACAUCCACUCCGCGAACGUCCUGCACCGCGAUCUCAAGCCCGGAAAUUUACUCGUGAAUGCUGACUGCGAGCUUAAAAUCUGCGAUUUCGGCCUAGCGCGUGGGUACACUCCCGGUGGUGGUGCAAGCAGGGCGGCGGGGAACCAGGGUUUCAUGACUGAAUACGUUGCAACUCGCUGGUACCGGGCACCCGAGAUCAUGUUGAGCUUUGCCAACUACACGACAGCUAUCGAUGUCUGGUCAAUUGGCUGCAUCCUUGCCGAGCUUCUUGGCGGGAAGCCCAUCUUCAAGGGCCGCGAUUACGUCGAUCAAUUGAACCAGAUUCUGCAUUAUCUCGGCACGCCAUCCGAGGAUACGCUUCGUCGAGUUGGAUCUCCUCGGGCCCAAGAUUACAUACGAUCGCUGCCAAUCAAACCGCGCAUCCCUUUCCAAAAUCUAUACCCACAUGCCAAUCCCCUUGCGAUUGACUUGCUUUCGAAGAUGCUCUGCUUUGACCCUGCGAAGCGCAUCAGCUGCGAGGACGCGCUGAAACAUCCAUACCUCCAGGUCUGGCACGAUCCUGCAGAUGAACCAGUUUGUGAGAAAAAAUUCGACUUCAGCUUUGAAGAGGAGGACAGCAUUGAGGGCAUGAAGAAAUUGAUUGUGGAAGAGGUUAACUCGUUCCGAGCGGAGGUGAGGGCCCAGGCGCGUGCGGCUGGUCAAGUCCGGAAGCAAGACAGCCUUCCUAUACCAUCUCGAGACGAAAUCAUCUCUUCGCCUGUCCAGGAGCACGCGCCGCGCAACGGUGCCACCUCCGGUUACACCGGCGCUCGCGCCACAGCCCCGGAACCGAUUAUGGAUGAUCCGAGUGCCGAGCUCGAGAAGGAGCUUUCGCGCCAGAACCUUGGCAAAUGAUUGUUGGAUCUGCUCCCGUGGUUCGUGAUUGUGAUCUAUGUGAACAUGACGUGCAUGAUUGCUCAACGUGUACGGCAUGACCGUGAUGUUCGGUACAUGCGCGUUCUAAGAAUGAGCUGUAUUAUCGUUGUUGUUGUACGCUAUCUGACUGGAGCUCUGUCAUCGCCCUGUCCUUGGUCAGCUCUGCACCCCCAGGCACUGGAACCUCUGUCAUAGCGC